GUCAGAAGGGGGAGGAGAGUGUGAGGCAGAGCCGGGGUUCAGUCUUCAGUCGCCUCCAGAGGAGAAGGUUAGGAAGCAGAAAUGGGAGCCGCCGUCCACUGGAUCGCUCUGCUCUGCCUCUGUGGACCGAGUGUGUGUGUCCCUGCCGCCGCGCCAACGCAGGAGGCCAAAAAGACGCGAGGCGACGUUCCCGACGUCCCGGCAGAACCGGAACCCACCCACGCACUGACGGACUUGGAGAAUUCCUACAACUACGUGUUGUCCCGGCUGGCUGGGAUGGAUCAGGCUGUCCACAAGCUCAACGUGGGUCACUACACGCUGGACGUCAAGGUCAGCCAGCUGCUGGACCGCCUGGCCCGGAUGGACGCUAAAGUUCUGGAGAUGGAGGAUGACAUCCGCGAGGUCUACCAGCACAGCCGAGACAACCGCAAAGAGACGGGCAAACUAGAAGGUUGCCAGAAGGGCCUGCGGGUGGGGUACAAGUGCUACCUGGUCUACAACCGAGUGGAGGACUACGCAGGGGCGGCCAGGAAGUGCCAGGAGCGCGGCGGCCGGCUCGCCAUGCUGCGUGACCGUAAGGAGCAGGAAGCCGUGGCGGCUUACGUCAAGUCCUUCUUCCACCCGGGGAACUGGCCGGUCUGGCUGGGCAUCAACGACCUGCGCUCCGAGGGCCUGUACCUCUUCGACGACGGGACGCGGGUCUCCUACUUCCAGUGGCGCAAGCACUUCCUGUCCAGCCAGCCGGACGGCGGGCGGCGGGAGAACUGCGUGGCCAUGUCCUCGGACGACGGCGACUGGUGGGACCACUACUGCGACCGGACCAUGAACUACCUGUGUGAGUUCGACGACCGAGUGGCUCUCUGACUUCCUGACGCCUCCGCCCAACAGAAGAGCUGAAAUAAACGCUUUGUUACUUUUGACGCCGAUCGAGCCUCAUCCAGCCAACCGGAGGUGCCGGGCCGGCUUCGGUCCCAUGCUCGAUUCGUCCGCCGGAGAGUUCCGAGUCCCGCCUCACCAUCGCCCCCUAUCCGCUGCCAGCUUGAUUCGACACGCCCCGGUCAGGUUCCUCGCUGAAACAACCAGGAAGUCAUGUUCCGCAUCGCCUCGUCCCAACAGUGACGUGGAGGAACAGGAACAAGUCGCAGUGAGACACGUACAAACGCUUUGAUCAGGAUUUAUUCCAGGAAUCAAUAAAUGACUUCAAAGUCAC